AAGAGCAAAUGGAGCUCCAACGCUGGUCAUUCUCCUCCUCCCUCUCCACCGCGCUCCUCCUACUCCACCUUCUCCCCGCUAUCAAUGGAGAAGCAUCGCCGGCGGUGUCUGGAUCGGAGAGGCCGGUGUUGAGGUUCAGCGGAAAGAGGGGCGAGUUCAAGAUCCUCCAGAUCGCUGAUAUGCACUUCGCUGACGGCCGGAAAACGAAGUGCUUGGAUGUUUUGCCCGAGGAGGCUCCCAAUUGCUCUGAUCUCAACACCACCGCCUUCAUUUACCGCGUUGUCAAGGCUGAGAACCCCGAUCUCAUCGUCUUCACGGGAGACAACAUCUUUGGUCGUGAUGCAACAGACGCUGCAAAAUCAGUAGAUGCUGCAUUUGCGCCAGCAAUUGCGUUAAAGGUCCCAUGGGCUGCAGUCCUUGGAAACCAUGACCAGGAGAAUCCCACAUUGAACCGUGAAGGUCUGAUGCAGCAUAUAGUGGGCAUGGCAUAUACAUUGUCCAGCAUAAAUCCAGAUGGAUUAGAAAUAGAUGGUUUUGGUAACUACAACCUGGAGGUGGCCGGGGUGGAGGGCUCAGGGCUUGCCAACAAGUCUGUGCUCAAUCUAUACUUUCUCGACAGUGGUGACUACUCCACUGUAUCAAAAAUCCGUGGCUAUGGUUGGAUCAAGGUGUCACAGCAAAUGUGGUUUCUAAAUGUUUCUUCCCAUCUCCAGAACUUGUACAUGAGUAAACCAGAACCACAGAAGGAACCCGCACCAGGCCUCGUUUACUUCCACAUUCCAUUGCCAGAGUUUAGCAGUUUGGACACAUUAAAAAUAAGUGGAGUAAAGCAAGAAGGAAUCAGUUCGGCCUCAGUUAAUUCGGGUUUCUUCACAACAAUGCUGGAGGCUGGGGAUGUCAAGGCGGUGUUUACAGGUCAUGAUCACAUUAAUGACUUUUGUGGUGAGCUUCAUAGAAUUCAUCUCUGCUACGCUGGUGGAUUUGGGUACCAUGCAUAUGGUAAGGCUGGAUGGCCAAGGAGGGCGAGAGUUGUGUCGGCCUAUCUUGAGAAGACACGAAGUGGUUCUUGGGGAGGAGUUCAAUCCAUCAAGACAUGGAAACGUCUUGACGACAAAAACCUUAGCACUAUUGAUACUGAGAUCCUUGGGAAAGAGGAAAUGAAGCUGAAGGGCGACGGGAAACAAGAAUCACGGCAGACGCUGAGGUUCUGGCUAAAGACAAUAUCCUGCAACUUAAUCCACUAGAUGGAAAUGAAAAGAUAGGCGUAAUUUAAUCUCAUUGAUUGCAGAAAUGGAUAGAAGCUGGUGAUUGUAUGCUGCUUCUACUGCAUUGGAGUUAUGUAUUAACCAUGAGCAAAGGACUUCUUCUUCUUUUGCUGUAUGUAGUGAAAAUUAAUAGAGAUGGAGACCUUGGUGUAUUGAACUUGUGUUGUUUGAGUGAAAGAGUUGGAUGGGGU